GGCGCCACCUGGAGCCGCGUGAGUGGCCUGAGGCCGCCUCCCCAGACCUUCAGGUAGUCUCCUUUUCUUCUGUGCAAAACUUCUGCGUGUCAGCCCUGUGAGGGCUCUGCUCAGUUCUUUUAGCCAUCAUCACAUCUUCCUUGCACUCUCCCCUGCUCUUGAUGAGGUGGAAAGUAUUGAGUAACACUGCAGUUCUGGGUACUGCUUAGGACAAACAUCAAAGUGGGAUCCCUCAUGGCCACUAUCCAGGUCAAUAAAAGAGAACAUUACCAGCACACCAGCGGCUCCCUGGUGCCUGUCCCAGCAUGAGAAGAUUUUUCUUAGCUAUUCAUCGUGAGAACUUGGUCCAACUCCUGAAGGUAAAACUCACUAGAGUGUGGGGGUCCCCCAUGACUGGGUCCCCCUGAAGUUUUUAGCUCACAGACUUGAGCACACUGAGGCUCCAACAUUUCAUCAAUUACGCUUAGAUAUUCCUGCCUGCCCCUAGUUCCUGCCAAGGUUUCUGCUUCGAGUAACCAUUCCUGUCUUAGGAGAGCAGAAGUCAAUCCUUUCUCUCUGAAUACACUGAGCAAAACCAGAUAACUCCUGGAGGAUUUUGGGGAAGUCAGUUGCGAUAUCUCAGAGAAAACGAAUAUUCGCCAUGGAUCUCACUGCUCUGUGUGAAGGAAAGUAGUUCAUGCCUCCACUUCACCACAGAAAAACAAUGCUGAUGCCUCCCCGGAGCAGUGCUUCAGAGAGUCUUGGAGCUUUCAUUCCUAGAACAUAUUGUAAAUUCUUACCGUUUUUUGUUGCCUGAUUUAUCUAUCCAUGCAUACAAGAGCUGCGGUACAGGCUAGAGAUGCGGGGGGUGAGAGGAUUCACCAGAGACAGUGAGGAACGGAAUAGGCAGGCUAACCGGAGCACAUGCUGGGGGGAGCAGCAGGCGUCUCAAACAUUCUUAAGAAUGAUCCACAACCAGGGCCACCUUUGGAGAAAAAUUCUAUGGUUCAGAAGGCAAAAGACAACUCCUCUGCAUCAGAAUACUUCUCCUGUUAUUCUUCUUUUCCUUCUUCCUGUCGUGCUGAAUUACAGAAAUAUCGAGACAAUGCACCUCAGGGCAAGUCAUCUAUUGUGGCCCCAGUCAAGGAUCAGAAAGAAGAAGACUCCUCGACCUCACAAUAUUUCUCUUGUGUCUCCUCGCCCAACCAACUUACUUUGUUUGAUAAUGAUGGUCAGAAAGGAACCCAUCAAUUACAUCAAGGUGUUUCUUUUCGAUCAAAGUUUCCUGUACCCCAGGACUUGGGGAAAAGGGAUAAUUUCACCUCUGAGCCAAAUAUGUCAUUUCAGUUACAAGUGGCUAAUAAAAAGAAAAAGCACGUCACAUUCUUAGAAGAUAAGAAAGAGGAAAAGAGCAUGAAAAUUUACUACAUGAAUGUCCAAAUGAAAAGAGGAGUGGCAGUCUUAGGGGAUACGGACCCAGAAAUGGGACCUUCCAGAAAGAGAGUAAGAAUAGAAAAAAUCACCACUUCUGAAAAGGUCCGUCCAUCAACGUCCCGCUCUCCUGUGUCUGCAUUAAAAGCCCCACCUGCCAAUAAGUACCAGGUGGGCAGUGAAUACCGAGAGGCAAGGUGGGAGGCUCAUGGCUCAACAGAGCCUCCUGCUCAAGGAGAAUAUCCCAGGGCCCUGACGCCUGCAUGGCUGGUGGCCUUAGACCGUGGCUACCGGUGCAUGGCCUGCUGCCGGGUCUUUCCCAGCUUAGAGGUCCUGCAGGAGCAUGUAGAGAAUGGGAUCAGAGAGGGCUUUAGUUGCCGUGCUUUCCACCUUGCCUUUGCUUGUCUACGGAGCAAGAAAAAGAAAUAUAAGAGGAAGAGUAAGAAGAAUACCAAGAAGACAAUACAUAGAUGCCGAAUUGUGACAUACUCUGCCACAAAACCCCUUACCUACAAAUAAACUCCCUUCAGCCCCCCAGCCCCCAAAGAGGAAUUGAAGCAGGCCAGAUUCUACAGAGGGGGCUUCAUCUUUUUAAGCAGCCAAAGUUCCACGCAUUUUAGACACCACCACUACCAUGGGCACUGCCACCUGCCACCCACAGAAGCAAAGAACCCCCAUUCAUACUAUUCUUGCUCUCGGAGGUGGGAUGUGAAAACAGAGCACACUGCCAGAACAUAAGAAGAUGUCCUCAGGCUAACUAAGAACAGUGAACACCAGUGUGUCAUCAUCACCACCACCAUGGAGAAAACAGUCUCCUUGCAAGUGGAACUGGUGUGGGCCAGGUUAUAGAAGAGGAGCCCAGGCCCACGGCCCUGAGGACAUGAGGUGGCGUGUCCAGCACACCACAGCAGUGUGAAGAGAGCCUUGGGGUUCACGUGAAUUCCACACCCUCGAGGUAAUUCAUGUCUAUAGCAGUUGUGCCUGGUCAUCUGCCAUCGCUCCCAAGUGCCUUGGUAAAGUAUGAUUCUCAGCUCUGCGGAAAAACAUCUACACAGAGUAGUGAGGAGCCUGGAGAAUUCUUCAUUCACAGAGACCAUUGGAAAGAGUUUGCUGCUAAUCCCCCUUGGAGUCAGAGGCCCCAGGACUCACCUGCAGGAUUGCCUUAUGGAGAAGAAGACACAGAGCUAUGGAGAGAGUAGGGCAGCAGGAGGCAGGUUUUCCCAGUGUAGGGCUUUAUCCACAGUAAAACAAAAGAUUGAUUACAACUAGCAGGAAUUUAGGGGAGGGGACUUCUAAGUUGAGAGAAGGUUGAAAAGGAUCAUCUAAUUUCUCUUCCCACUUUGAGUUCUACUUCUGUCUUCUCAAUGUCUAUCAUUUACUGUGCUUUUGAACAUCUGGCUCAUUCUCUUCCUCUCUAAUUGCUGUUACUCCAUCCAACUCACUCUCUCUCCUGCAUACUAUGCAUAUAUUUCAGAUGCAAGAGUGUAAGCACUACAGCUUUUUAAAUCAUACAGAUUACAAUACACCAUCUCCUGUGGAUUCACCCCACACAUUGUAUCAAAGGUGUUCUAACAGCUUUGCACGUUUAUCUUUUUUUAAAUGAACAGAAACUUAUUUCCAUAGCACCUCUUAUAUACUUACCUACAGUAUAUGGCUGCAGGGCAGACUUUCUUAUUAUUGAGAGAGGAAAAGAUAAUGAGCUGGUGAAACCACAGGCAACUUGAAUCCCUUGUCUGAUCUUUGGACACCAGGUGCACAAACACUUCUUCACCAGUCAUGUUAGGAAGCAUGGAAGAUACACCUAAUAGUUUCACACUCAUAAGAUAUGCAUAUGGAGAGCAGUUCCAAAACUAAUAAUACAGUUUUAUGCUUAAUAACCCUGGAAGGGUAAAAGCUACCAAUUUUUGACACACUAUCAUUUGUAUGCCAUUUACUAUUGAAUUUUACACAUUUUCAAAGAUAUAUUUUGAUUUUCUUGUUACUUUGACAUCUUUAAUCAGAGGGUCAGAAAUAAAAAAUAAAAAUUGAAAAAAAAAAAAAAAACAUUGCCAUAAGACUAUAUAGGUGUAGGGUAAGUGAAAAAUUAUCAAGCUUUUCUAUCCUCCCGCCGUUAGCAUUCAUGAUGGAUCCCUGUAGUCCUGCAUGCACGCCUGAUGGCGGGCACCUGGA